AACCCGGGCUGCCCGCAUGCCAGGAGAACGCGCUACCGCUUGAGCCACAUCCCCGCAAAUAUGUAGAGUGUUUUGAGCAGAAUAAUAAUGUACUGAGCUCCACCAGUCCUCUCCUUAGUCCACUCUACUUGCCUGCUGUUCCAGCCAUGCUUCCAGAGUUCUCUCUCUGUGUCCAAAAGCAACGAAAACUGAAUAAAUCUUUAGGGUUGGUGUCAUUUGAGGAUGUGUCUGUGGACUUCACCUGGGAGGAGUGGCAGAACCUGGAUGAUGCUCAGAGGACCCUGUAUAGGGAUGUGAUGUUGGAGACCUACUACAGCCUAGUGUCACUGGGGCACUGCAUUAUAAAACCUGAGGUGAUCUUUAAGUUGGAGCAAGGAGCAGAGCCAUGGAUGGUAGGGGAACACCCAAACCAGACCCUCUCAGGUGUCCAGAAAGUGGAUGACCAAAUAGACAAUGGCCAAGAAAGUCAAGACAGACGUUUGUGGCAAGUUGUAAUCACCAACAGCAAUUCAUCAACUAAGGAGAGAGUUGAAGUAGGAAAACAAUUUAAAUUGAGCCCAAGACUAAUUUUAAAUAAUGAGAACUAUUUAGAAACAAGGCCUGAGGGGUUUAAUGUACAUCAAAACAGGCUUCUCUCUAGGGAACCUGAUUCAAGUAAUGUAAUCGGGAAGUCUCUCAAAUGUCCUCAGCAUCUUGGUCAGAAUCAGCAGGAGGAAUUUGAACGUUGUGGACAAGUUAAAGCCUUGAACACACAGGUGAAUGUAUUGAAAUAUGAGAGGGUUCCUAUGAGAAAUACCUGUGGAGAGAAGGACUGUGGGAAAGGCUGUGAUGGUUCAUUUUUUAUUGGUGGAGAGACAACUCAGGUGAGGAAGAAAACUUUCUACAAAAAGCCUAAAAGUCAGCAAAUACACAUAGGAGAGAGACCCUCUGAAUGUAUUAAAGAUAAGGAAACUUUCACUAGCUGUUCAGACCCUAUAAUACAUCAAAGGGCAUGUAGAGGGAAAAACCUUUAUGCAUGUAAUCACUGUGAGAAAUCUUUCAACCGUAAGUCCAACCUUGUCAUCCAUCAACGAAUUCACACAGGGGAAAGGCCCUAUCAAUGUAAUGAAUGUGGGAGAACCUUUUCCCGGAAUUGUCACCUGAGGGAGCAUCAUAAAACUCACACAGGAGAUAAACCCUACAAAUGUAAUGAGUGUGGGAAGACUUUCAAUCACAAGGUAGGCCUCACUGUACACCAGAGAACUCACACAGGUGAAAAACCCUAUGAGUGUAAAGAAUGUGGGAAAACCUUUUGCCAGAAGCCACACCUCUGCAAGCAUCAGAGAAUUCACACUGGAGAGAGACCCUAUGAAUGUAAAGAAUGUAGGAAAUCUUUUAGGGUCAAGUCAAAACUCACUGAACACCAGAGAAAUCACACAGGUGAAAAUCUCUAUAAAUGUGAAGAGUGUAGAAAAACUUUCAACAAUAGAUCAGCCUUCAUUGUCCAUCAGAGAACUCACACAGGAGAAAGACCCUAUGAAUGUAAUGUAUGUGGGAAAACCUUUAGCCAGAAAGGAAAUCUUGGUGAACAUCAGAGAAUUCACACAGGGGAGAAGCCCUAUGAGUGUAAAGAAUGUGGAAAAGUGUUUUCCCACAGGUCCAACUACAGCAAGCACCAGUUAAGUCAUGUAAAGGAAACACCCCAAGAACAUAUGAGUGUGGGAAAAUCUCUUGCCAGGUCACAGCACUCUUAAUUUUGUAUGGUAGAGACUGGCCAAGUGUUCUCCAAAGUCCAUUUUCUUUCCUUCUGGAAACAGCCUGCAUUUCUCAGUGCCCCGUUAUUGUUGGGGUACCAUGUAAAUAGCUCUUCAGGUAAAUAGGGGCACAAGUGUUGAAUCUUAUUUCCAAUCAUGGUGCAAUAUAAAAGCUGUGCUGUCAGUCCUUCCAGAUGUCUCAUGCUCUGUGGAUCUCGUGUGAAGAUGGCCACUAAGCUGUCCUUCAGAACUUUAAAUGGGAGAAGGUAACUAUGAUUUAAGACAAAAAGAAAUGACUCACAAGAUCAGGGAUUAUCCCACUUCUGUCCUAGAACCCUUGAUUUAUACUUUAUGAGAGUGAAAAGUAAAUACUCUUUUGGGCUAUCUCAUGUGUGAUCUGUUUGCAUUACAAUAGAAACAUCUCAUUGUAGCUAAAAAUAAAUAUCUUUAAUACAUCAGCCCUUCAAAAGCUUCCAAUAUUUUUGUACAGAAGAGAAUUUAUAAUUAUGGGAAUUAUAACUGUGUUCAGAAUGCUUGACCUGCCAAUCAUAGAGACUAAUGCUUCUAUGUAAGAGUUUUGGUUCUUUUUUUAUGGUUUUAUUUAUUUUUAAAAUAAAUUUACAUAUAUAAUUCUACUUCAACAUUCAGAUUUAUAUGCAUAUAUUGAUACACACACACACACAUUUUAAAGGUAACCCUCUCCAUAAGCCUAGUCCAUAACUCAGAAUUCAACCUAACACUACCCAUAUCCAUGAGCCUUUUAUACAGAAAUUAUAAUCAUUACAUUGAAUAUUCAUGUAUUUUAAUACAUACAUUCCUGUAUGUUUAUAUACAUUCAUACAUAUACAUAUAUCCUAUCAGUAAACAAAAUACUACACAUAAAUUUUAAUACAUAUUCAUUUAUAUGUUUAUAACAUACAUCUAAGUCAAAUUGUGAGCAUCCAUCUCAACACAAAUCCAGAUACAUAUAAAUAUUUUAAUGUAUAUCCAUAUUGAAUUUAUACAUAUGGAUAUAAAUGUUUAAACCUUAGCUCUAACCUUAACCCUUUUUCAACUACAUGGUCUGUCACUACAACUGUGGAUCAACAGAAACCUCUACACAUAUAGACCAGAUCACUUUACAUGAAUGUACCUAUAUAGUUGGGGAUAUAAAUUUUUAAAUUCACAGAAAAAUCCAGAUAUUUUAUAUAUAUAUAUUUUCAUUUCCAUUGGCAAGCCCCAAAUUUAACAUAACCAAAAUACCACAUAACUUUAAAAUAGCCAUAGAUAAAAGUAUAUAUAUUUAUAAACUUUCAUAUAAUUUUAAUUCUAUAUUGAUAUAUGCAUUCCAGUGGUAACACCGUCAACCUAGUCCCUAACUCGGAACUAAAUUUAUCCUUGCAGAUAACCAUUAAUCUUCUAUACAAAAAUUUGAAUACUCAUAUAUAUAUUUACAUAUAUGUUCCUUUAUAUGUUUAUAAACAUGUAUGUACCCUAAUUCUAAACAAAAUCCUACCCAUAAAUUUUCAUAUAUAUAUUCAAUUGCAUAUUCAUAAAAUAUAUCUAAAUAUAAGAGUUCUUGGCUGUACUUGGCUGCAUGUUUUUCUGUUCUUUACAUGACUAGGCUGUAAACUUUCCAAAUUUAUAUGUUCUGAUUUCCUGUUAAUAUGAAAUUCUGCCUGUAAGUCAUUUCAUUGUUGCACUUUGCUAUAUGCGGUUAAAAGAAUCUAUGUAGUUCCUUUAGCGUUUUGCUCAGAACUUCUGUAUUAUUUCAUAUUUCGAAACUGAUCAUAAAGAAUAGAAGCUAUUCAGUAA